UCAUAAGGGAUUUCCAAUUGCACUCGCUUCGCUUAUUUGUUUUCUUCUAUCACUCUUAGUUUCUGCGUUACAUCCGUCUCUUUCUGGGUUUUGCGCUUCAGAAUUGCAGCUAUGGGUUGCGAUUCUAAAAGAAGGCGUAGAGAGGAUGUGGGUGACACAACGAUUUCAUCAUCCAAGAAGCAAAAGCUGAUGCAGAUGACAGGUUUGGAGCAGACCCAAAAGCUUCUUUGUUGCGGGAUCUUGCAGGAGCUAAUUGAUCACCGUCAUGGCUCUGUGGCUGUUCGAAUCCCUGAUUCUCAGGAGGUUCGAAGGCCUAUGGAUCUGUCCACCGUCAAAUCCAAGUUGGAGAGAGACAACUACUCCAGUAUUGAUGCCUUUGUGGCCGAUGUCAGGCUUACCUUCCUAAAUUCGUUAUGGUAUUACCCUCAUGGAGAUAAACAGCGUGCAAUGGCCAAGAAUCUUGGUCAGGUUUUUGAGGCUAAGUGGAAAUUACGGUUUCCUGAAACUAGGUCUUCAACCUUGAAAGCUUCUUGUUCUAGUUUGGAUAGGUCUGUGUCUCCUAUUAGUCCAGUGAGUCCAUUAAGUCUUCAACAACUCAACAACAACAAAAGAGAGGCCAAGAGGUCAUCCAGAAACCUUGACGAAGAGAAGGGUUCUGCUUCUGCUAUCACUUGUGCAGUGGAUAAAGAUAAGGAACACCGAAUCAAGCGCGGCCUUGACGAAGAGAAGGGUUCUGCUUCUGCUAUCACUUGUGCAGUGAAUAAAUAUAAGGAGCACCGAAUCAAACGGCUAAGGGAACAGGCUCGUAAGGAAAUUUUGAGGGUUGAAGAGGCUGCUCGAUUGAAAGUCGAGAAUCCUUUACAAGAUCUUCAACAACUCAAGUUGUUGUGCAGUGGUGGCAUCAAACAGGAUUCUUGUUACAGGGUGUAUCGUUGGUUGACACUUGAGAAGUUGGGCAUCUAUUUGAAGAGGGAUGAACUUGAAGAUGUUGAUGAUGAGGAUGAAUUUCGCAUUGGAGAUUGGGAAGAAGAUGGAGAACAGAGUCCACAAACAACUAAAUAUUACAUCCACAUAUGGUGGCAUAUCAUCAUCAUCAAGUACAUACUGCUACGUAGCAAAAUUUAUUCUAUGUACAAAAAUUCAUGUAAUGGUGACAGAAACUUUUGUAGGUGAGUAUUUGAUUGCAUAGCUGGGUGGAGAGUUUGGUGCUGUGUUCCGAAUUGGAAUAAGUUCUACUAUACGUGUUAGGAUUUUGCUUCUAAGUGUUGGAUUGCUUUCAUUACAUAUGGUAGAUUGCCUCAUGAGUUGGCAAGUAGUCUAACCACUCUAGUCCUUAAAGUGGUAAAUCUGAAGACUAUGGUCCCCAAGUGAGGAAACUAAUUAGUCCUACCCAAGUGCAUAAGGUUCAUUUUGGAAAGUUUUUUUCCGGCAUAUUGCUAGUUUUCCAAGAGAUUCUUCACACCUUCAAGGACACUAAGAUUUACAAGUUAAGGUCUAUGUUAAACUAAAGUGGAAACUGAUUGAAGGGGUACUAAGCGGGAGUGCCAAUUCUGGGUUACUUGUACAGAACUCUCCAUCUUUUCUUUCAAGGAAGACUUUCAGAGGUCUUCUGGCCGGUCUGCAUACCUUAGAAAACUUUAUAUUCAACGGCAUACUACUUUCAAAGAUUGCUGGAAGGAAUUGGGAAAUUUCUUUCAUCAUCAAGGUCAUCAACUAUGUGGAAACAUACCUACCAUUGCCUUUGCUUAUGAAGAAUUUGGAAGUGCAGGACUCAGAAGAUAUAUGAGCGUUGCAAGCUGUGCGUUUAUUGAUGGCUCAGGUUAACCAUCAAGUUUGUUGUUGCUACAGCUCAGCGUAGGAGCUAAGACAACUAAACAGCAUUAGCCACUGGCAAUUGCCACCACUAGGUUAUGUGGAUUGCCAUGGUCUCAUGGAGCAUGGAUAAAGGGACUAUAACUAGCUGGAGGAGCGGGUUGCGUUAUAUGGAAUGAAAAUGGUGACUUUUUGAGUGUGGUAUGUAGUGGAUGAAAGUGUUAUGGCGGAGGCUAAGCCUGAGGGUCAUUUCCUAGUGGCAUUGAAGCUUUGAUAUAUAUGCGCAAGGAUGGAAGUAUGUGGUGGUUUAUAGUCAGACGCAAAGGAUCUCAUUUGACCAACUUCAAGGUCACAUUCUAGAGUACUUGCCGAGAUGGAGCGGAAGGGUUGCUGCAUGAUAUUACCUCUUUGGUGCAGCGUUUAGAGAUGGUAUGUUUUUCUUAUGUUUUCUAGAGGAUUAAAAGGCAGCACACUUUUUGGCAACCAAUGUAAACUAUACGUGGGAAAUUGCAUGUUCCUAGGAUUCUUCUAUGCGUUUGUUGGCUACGAAGCUUGA